UCUAGGGUUUCUCUUUCUCUUUCUCCACCGACGGGACCGUCCCUUUUUUCCUCUCUUCUCCGUUCUUCUCUAUUUUUACCGGCGGUUCUUGUUUUUGAUUAAUUUUCUUUCAUAUACAAAGCUACAUUUUUUUAUACCCAUAUGGGUGAAAAAGAUUCAGAAGGCACUGAAAGUGCCACAACAUCGGAGGAUGUUGAAAAUUCUGAUAAAGGCGAAAAAGUGAAGGGUUUAGCGGACAAUUCAAGCAAAAAGAUUUGUGGGUUUGAUUCAAGUUUUGAUAUUUCUGGGAAAAGUUUGGAUUAUCCAUUAUUGGAAGGUGUUGAAGAGGGUGGUGGUGGGAAGGUUGAGGGUUUGUACAUGUACAGGAAUGUAUUUAAUUUGAUUCCUAAGUCAAUUGGUGCACUUGGGAAAGUUAAGAUACUGAAAUUCUUUGGGAAUGAGGUUAAUUUGUUCCCAACUGGAGAGUUGAGGAACUUGGUUGAAUUGGAGAGCUUGCAAGUGAAAGUGUCAUUGCCAGGGAUGAGUGGAUUGGAUUUGAAUAAGCUGAAGUGUUUGAAAGAAUUGGAGCUCUGUAAAGUUCCUUCUAGACCUUCAGCUUUCCCUCUUUUAAGAGAUAUUACUGGUCUUAAACGUCUUACUAAGCUCUCUGUCUGUCAUUUUUCUAUCAGAUACCUGCCUCCAGAAAUUGGCUGUCUUAGUAAUUUGGAGUACCUAGAUCUUUCAUUCAAUAAGAUGAGGAGUUUACCUGUUGAGAUAACUCAUCUGAACUCAUUACUGUCACUGAAAGUUGCUAAUAAUAAAUUGAUUGAAGUACCUCCGGGGCUGUCUUCUCUGCAAAGAUUAGAGAAUUUGGACUUUUCUAACAAUAGAUUGACGUCCUUGGAGAAUCUUGAUCUCCUUUCAAUGUAUAAUCUGCAGAGACUCAAUCUUCAGCACAAUAAGCUUCUUAGGUGUUGUUCUAUUCCUUCAUGGGUAUGCUGCAAUUUGGAGGGGAAUUGCAUAGAUUUGUCCAGUUCAUCGUCUGAAAUGGAUGUGCUUGAAGAUUAUGAUCAGGAAACCUCUGAGAAUUCGCAAAAUGGAGCUUCUAUCACAUCGUCGGGUCAUUUAUGUGGCUCAUCACCCAUUCAUCGAUGUUUUCGGCCUCAAAAAUCCAAGAGAUGGAAGCGGCAGCAUUUGCAACAGAGAGCUCGUCAAGAACGGCUAAAUAACAGCAGAAAAUGCGUCGUCGCCUGCAAACAUUCUGUGCUAGUUGAUGAAUCUCUGGUGGAAGGCCCGUCAAACAUAGUGGAUGACGAUGCUGAUGAUAAAGAACUCUUGACUGAAGAGGCUGAGUGCAAAGACUCUGUAGCUAAUGUUGUUGAUGAAGAUAGCAGAAAGGAGGAGCGUUAUGUUGAAAGAUGUUCGUGUGUUCCUGACUCCAUUGGGACAAGCAUAGAUAGUCAUAGUAGCUGUAAAAAAUGUGAUGCUUCAGUAGGUUCUCUUUCUCAUGCUGAUGAUGUUGUCGAGGAAAGCUCGUCUCCCGAGGUGUCUAAUAUUCCUCCAAAAUCGAAAAGGCACCUCGAUGGGGUCAUUGAUAAUCCAAAACCAUGCAAAACCCGCAGACCAACAGAUGAUUCAGAUUUAUCCUGCAAAUACAGCAUGAUAUCUUUCUGCGGUAUUAAUGAUUAUUUACCGGAUGGCUUUUAUGACGCUGGACGAGAUCGGCCAUUUAUGUCGCUUAGGAAUUAUGAGCAGAAUUUGCAUCUUGAUUCGCGGGAAGUCAUUUUAGUUGACAGGCAAAGGGAUGAAAUGCUGGAUGCCAUUGCUCUGCGUGCUCAAGCACUGAUCCUUCAUUUUAAGCAGAUAAAUGGUUUGUUCAGAGAUAGAGAACAUGUUGCUAUAGACAACUUGCAAAUUGCGUCAUUGCUUGCACUUUUAGUAUCGGAUCAUUUUGGUGGAAGCGAUAGAAGUACUAUUGUUCAGAGGGCAAGGAAAACAGUAUCUGGGUCGAACUACAGCAAGCCUUUUGUCUGCACAUGCCCUACCGGAAAUGAUGACACUACCAGCAUAGUCACAAAAGACAGUCCUAGUGGCUUAGGAGAUAUACUUUUCCUUGAUCUUUGUGAGAAAGCACUUCGUUCCAUAAAAUCAAGGCAAAAUUCUAUUGUUGUUCCUAUUGGGAGUUUGCAGUUUGGUGUAUGUAGGCAUAGGGCCUUGCUUAUGAAGUACCUGUGUGACCGAAUAGAACCUCAUAUAUCUUGUGAGCUUGUUAGGGGUUAUUUGGAUUUUUCGCCACAUGCAUGGAAUGUGAUUGUGGUAAAGAGGGGUGAAUCAUGGGUUCGAAUGAUAGUGGAUGCGUGCCGUCCCCUUGAUAUCAGAGAAGAGAUAGAUCCAGAAUACUUUUGCAGGUAUGUGCCAUUGAGCCGGAUAAAUGUUCCUGUUGUGCCAGAUGGUAUUCCUGGUCAAGUUAGUUCUUAUCCUUCUCUAUCCGGUUCUGAUGAAAUCGAUAAAGCUCCUUCCUCAACCCUCGUCCAGUGUAAAUUCGGAUCGCUUGAGACUGUGGCAAAGGUGCGGACUUUAGAGGUAUCCAGGUCCUCCGCGGAUGAGAUUAAGAAUUUUGAGUAUAAAUGCAUUGGAGAAGUUAGGGUGUUGGGUGUCUUAAACAGUUCAUGCAUUGUAAAAUAUUACGGUCAUCAAAUAUCUUCAAGAUGGGCUCCUUCAUCAGAUGGCAGUUCAGAAUGUCGUACUUUGCAGUCUGCUAUUUUCAUGGAGCACAUAAAAGGGGGUUCACUAAAGAAAUAUGUUGAUAAGCUCUCUCAUGCUGGUGAGAAGCGUCUUCCAGUUGAGCUGUCGGUAUUUAUUGCUCGAGAUGUGGCAAGUGCAUUGACAGAGCUGCAUUCUAGGCAUAUCAUACAUCGUGAUAUAAAAAGUGAAAACAUCCUAAUAGAUGUGGAUAAGAAGAGAGCUGAUGGUACUCCUACAGUAAAGCUAUGUGACUUUGAUAUGGCAAUUCCUCUUCGUUCUUACUUACAUACUUGCUGCAUUGCCCAUGCUGGAAUUCCUCCACCGGAUGUUUGUGUUGGUACACCUCGUUGGAUGGCUCCUGAGGUGUUUCAGGCUAUGAAUAAGCGCAACAUCUAUGGUUUGGGUGUUGAUAUUUGGUCCUUUGGGUGCGUCCUCCUGGAGUUGUUAACACUGCAACUUCCUUACUCAGAGUUAUCUGAAUUAGAUAUCCACAAUUCUCUUCAGGUGGCUAAUCGGCCACAACUACCUGAAGAACUAGAGGUAAUGGCCACAUCCUCCAAAGCAGAGCUGGAAGAUCUAGCAAAGUCUUGUUCUGGCAACGACCUAGACAAGCAACAAUCUGAAUCUCAUAUCCUGAGAUUUCUCGUUUCUAUUUACCGUUGGUGUACCGAGAAGGAUCCAGACGACCGUCCCACAGCAGAGAACCUCUACAAUAUCUUGCUUACCUGUGCUAACUCUCUCCCUAUACAGAGUAAAGAAGAAGGAUCAAAGUCCAUCAGAUGAAAUUGAUCUUCCCCAAAAUUUUUGUAGCCUUAGAAUGUUGUAGACUAGCAUUAGAUUAUUUGGAGUUAGGACCCAAUAUUUGGGUCUGCGGCCCCCAUUGAGCAACAUGUUCCUUAGCCUCGCUUCAAUUAGAGAACCUCACGGUCUUAUAUGAGACACUAUGAUAGUUAUCUAUCAUUUUUCUAUUCCUUUUCCAGCUUGUAGUUCUAUAUACUUGUUGCCAUUUAAUGUUAUUCCUUUUCCCAAUUGAUAAUUAUGAAACUAUUCCAGUUUAUACUUC